AAGAUUAGGUAGAGUCCUUGUGAGUUAUUCAAAAGCCUAUGACGUCUUCUUACUCAAACAAAGGCUUCAAAAUGUCGGAAUUGGGAAAGUCAACUCCAAUACUUUCUUAACCAGUAGCGUCAACUUGCCGCCUUGGUUUUUGUUUUAUUCUCUCUUUUCACCAACUAGUCCUCUUUUCUUUGUUGUUUCCUUCUUGACUUGACCUUUCCAAUGUAAGUAACUUUGUUCCCACCAUUAAAUUGGAGCUUCCAUGUAUGAUCUAAGACCCAGAACACUCACCUUCCUUGAGGUUGCUAUUCCUCCACCUACUGAUACUACUCAAUGCUCAGUGUUCGAAGGAUGUUCCGGGAGCACAUCAUCCGCAGAGGCCGGUGGUAUAUUAGGAGGCUCUACUCGUGGUUUUUUAACUUAUUGAUGCAGUCUUAUUGGGAAGAGAUUGAGGCUUGCAAGGUGAAGGUAUUUGAUAAACUGAGUGAAAAAGCUGAAAGGGUGUUGGAGAUUGGUAUUGGCUCAGGUCCUAAUAUGAGGUACUAUGCUGCUCGUAAUAGUAAUGUUACCCUUUAUGGGUUGGAUCCAAAUCCCAAAAUGAAGAAGUACGCACGCAAAUCCGCUACGAAAGCAGGAUUGAAACCUAAAAACUUUAGAUUCAAGCAAGGAGUAGGAGAAGCUAUACCAUUAAAAGAUAACUCUGUGGAUGCAGUUGUUGCAACACUUGUUCUAUGUUCUGUCUCUGAUGUCACUCAAACACUCAAAGAAAUCAAACGGGUGCUGAGACCAGGAGGGGUUUUCAUCUUCUUAGAACAUGUGGCAGCAAAAGAUGGAUCGUUCUUCAAGCGUUUGCAGAAAUUGCUGGAUCCGUUGCAGCAAAGACUUGCAGAUGGAUGCCAUUUGACAAGAAACACGAGAGAGUGUAUCUUGGAAGCUGGUUUUAGUGGAGUUGAAGUAGAGACUUAUUCUAUGUGUAGCUUCCCUUGGAUAACAAGACCUCAUAUCUAUGGACUAGCUUACAACUAAAAAAACUGUCAUCUUUAUUCAAUUACACUAGAAUGAUUGGCUUUGAAUGUUGUGAUUGCUGAAUGCUGAAUGCUGAUGAUGCUCAAGGCCUCAAGCAUAAGCAUAUUCAGAGAUCAUAAUACACUAUAAAUUAACAUUGAUAACUGAUAUAUUUUGGGCCUUAA